AUGGACGCCCAACGCGAGAUCGCCAAAAAGAAGAAAAAGGACCGGCCGAUCCCGGAUACUCGCUAUCUGACGAGGAACGAUGUCAUUGAAGCUGUUAGAGCCAUCAAAGCGGAGAAGGAAAUUGAUAGCGUUAUCAUGCAGAAGAUGGAGAAAGAGGAUCCACGUCUCUACGGAAUUACGGCAGACCCGGUGAGCGGCACACUGGUCAACCUCGACGGCAAGAAGGGGAGGGUCGUGGCAGCAAGGAGGGAUGUCGACGGGUAUCUGAAAUACUGUGUCGAGUUGGAAGGCAAACACCGCAAGACCAAGGGGAUCGCCAAAAAUGUCAACACCCGUCAACUUCUCGAGGCUGCCGGGGGCGAGGGGGUCGUCCGGUGGGAAAAGGAGGUGGAUCGGGUGACCACGGUUUUCUGUGCUAUUCUCUCCCUCGUGUACGUCCCUGUCUACAAGUUCGUCACCAUCGUCCCAAGGGUGAAGCGAAAAGUGAAGCCGGUCGAUUUGAAAGGGGAAGAUGGAAAGGAAGCUGUCGAGCUUCGCGAGUUUGCGUGGGAAAAGAUUAAGGGUGCGCCUGCUACGCAUGUGGUCAAUGACCACGAAAAAAAACUGCUCGCCUCGGACGAAGGGUUAGAGCAGGAGCUUUGUGAAAAGGGAACUCUUGCAAGAGUUUUGGGCAUCAACCUCGACGCGUAUUCCGGGCUUGUGCAUGAGCCAAGGGAUUACGCGAAACAGCACUACAGCACCGUAGACCACUACGUCAAAGGAGCUCAGGCUGCGUACAAGCUGGGUCGAGUGAUGAGCUUCCAGUCCUGCAUGGCUCCGUUGUCCGUGGGUGGCGUCCACGACGAGCUUCCGCCGGGAGUUAGACUUGCGCACGAGGAGCAGAGGAAGAUUACGCUGCCGAUCACGAAGAAGGAGGCUAGUGAGGCGGGGUAUGGGUUGGCCACGCGGGCUCUGGUGUCGAGGGCCCGGGUCUCCGACGAACUGUGUCAAUGGUACGCGUCUGCGCCACUGUACACGGUAAUGUUGUUCAGCCGCCCCGAGAGAGACAAGAAGUCGAUCAAGCUGACUACAGAGAAUGAAGUGAAGGACUUGAUGGCUUUGUUUGGACUCUCCUAA